GAGGGCCUGGAGGGACUUCGAGUCGAGGAAAGCAGAGGAAAAGGCAACCACAGCGGAAUAAUUAUCAAUCCCACUUGGCGGGUCCUGUUUCCUCCCAGUGCCUACCCACCGGAGACUCCCCUUCCGCCCCAUCACUCAAAACCUUUUUCUACUACCUUCUCUUCCUCUUCUCUCGCCUUCUCUCUCUCUCUCUCUCUCUCUCUCUCUCCAGCCUUCCUCUCCCUCCGCGUCCUUCAACAAUAGCCACCACCAGGCAUCGGGUGCGACUUGGGUAGAGUCGAAUUCAACUUCAUCGUUCUCCCUUUCCACCUUUUCAACUAGAUCAAUUGUCUUUGUCAUGGCUUACGGUGACGACAUUGUCGGGGAGCGCAAACCCUCGACCGCGAUGGAUUAUGGGCAUGAGAAGAAGGGGGAGCUGUACUCCCCCCAGUAUGAGGGCGAUAUGGUCGACAAGAUGAGCGACACCGAGCGGAACAUCGUCGAGGCUGGCAUUCAGAAAUACAACCGUCUGGGCUGGAAACGCUUGACGGUGGUGAUGAUUGUCGAGGCCAUUGCUCUAGGUAGUUUGUCCAUUCCUUCGGCCUUUGCGACGCUGGGAAUGGUGGCAGGAGUGAUCACGACGGUUGGUCUGGGAUUUGUGGCCAUCUACACCAGCCAUGUCAUCGGACAGGUCAAGCUCAAGUUCCCGGAUGUCUCGCAUUACCCCGAUGCUGGCCGCCUGAUGUUCGGUCGCAUCGGUUAUGAGAUCAUUUACGUCAUGCUCGGCCUCGAGUUGCUGUUUUUGACUGGAUCGCAUUGUCUGACGGGGACCAUCGCCUUCCUGGACAUCACUGAAAGCAAUGUCUGUUCGAUUGUCUUCUCGGUGGUGUCGGCCAUCCUGCUGCUCCUGCUCGCCAUUCCCCCCUCCUUUGCCGAAAUGGCCAUUCUGGGCUACAUUGACUUCAUCUCGGUCAUUGCGGCGAUCGGCAUCACCAUCAUUGGUACUGGUGUCGAGAGCACCAACGCGGCUGGGGGCUUGUCGGCGGUCAAUUGGUCUGCCUGGCCGCAGGACAACGUCAGCUUCACCGAUGCCUUUGUGGCCAUCACCAACAUCGUCUUUGCGUACAGUUUCGCCCUCUGCCAGUUUUCCUUCAUGGAUGAGAUGCACACGCCGGAGGAUUACGUCAAGUCGAUUUGGUCGCUGGGGAUCAUCGAGAUUAUCAUCUACACCCUCACCGGUGCGAUCAUCUACGCCUUUGUGGGCCAGGACGUCGCCAGCCCGGCUCUCACCUCGGCCGGUCACACCCUGAGCCGGGUGGCGUAUGGUGUCGCCCUGCCCGUGAUUUUCAUCAGUGGUUCGAUCAACACGGUGGUGCUGGGGCGCAUGAUCCACGGUCGCGUCUUCAAGAACUCGCCCAUCCGCUUCAUCAACACCAAGAUGGGGUGGAUCACCUGGCUGGCCGUCAUCAGCGUCAUCACCGUCGUCGCCUUCAUUGUCGCCGAAGUGAUUCCCUUCUUCUCCGACCUGCUCUCCAUCUGCUCCGCCCUCUUUGUCUCUGGCUUCACCUUCUACUUCCCCGCCCUGAUGUGGUUCAUGCUCAUCCGCGAGGGCAGCUGGUUCACUCCCAAGAACAUGGCCUUGGGGGCUCUCAACCUGCUCUGUCUGAUUAUCGGACUGAUUACGCUGGGCGCGGGUACCUACGCCGCCGUGGACGACAUUGUGAUCAACUACCGUGAUGGUAGCGAGCGUGGCGUCUUCACCUGCGCGGCUCCCGAAUAAUCGCCAUCCUCUCUUUGUUGUUUCUGCUAGCGGUCUCGACAUCGACUUAGCGUUUUCAUGUUUGUCCUUAUCUUUCCUGAUCAUACAUAUCGGCGUUGCAAGACCGGGGCCUGGGUGCGAACUGCAUAUAUGGGUGUAUAUACGUUUUUUGACAUGAUUGUGAACAUGCUGCAUGUGAUGUAUUGUACUAUAUGUCAAUGAUUAUGAUUUCAUUCUCU